AUGUCGAACGUUAUGAAUCAAGCGAGCAAGGACGCCAGAUGGGAAGAGAUAUCAAAAGCAAAAGUAGAUAUCCGAAACUCGCUGACUCCUGCAGCAUGGCUUCUGCCUGCCUCUAUGCUACCGAAAGAUCCUCCCCUUGCGGAAUAUGGCCCUCAAAAUGUCUUGCAAAUCCCCCGAGAAUGUGGGAUUCUCACAGCUGACGAAAUCAAAAUCACUGAAACCCCGUCCGUCAACGAUCUCCUCUCUAGGAUUUCAAACGGUGACCUCUCAGCAAUUCAAGUCACAACAGCCUUCUGUAAAAGAACCGCAAUCGCCCAACAGCUUAACAAUUGUGUUACCGAGCCGCGAUUCACUUCGGCUCUUCGUAGAGCAAAAGAGUUAGAUGAGUUCCUAGCUCGAGCGGGUAGAGUCAUGGGUCCCCUCCACGGAUUGCCAAUUAGCGUCAAAGACUCAUUUGACAUCGUUGGCGUGGACAGUUCAAUUGGAAUAGCUUCACUCUGCUUCAAGCCAGCGACUUCUAACUCGCCGUUGAUCGAUCUUCUCUUAUCUCUAGGCUGCAUCAUCAUCGCCAAGACCAACGUGCCGCAAACCCUCAACUCACUGGACAGCAUCAACAACGUCUUCGGCGUGCUUGUUGCAAUGCGAGGUUGUAUAAUCGGCUGGGGAGCCGAUACAGGAGGAAGCAUUCGAGUUCCAGCGAUGUGUAACGGCGUAUUUGGAAUCAAGCAGAGUAACGGCCGCUUACCAGCUGGCGGUGGUCCUCUCAUAUCUCCCGAUGGAAUGUCUAGGUGCUCUAUCCCCGCCGUCGUUGGUCCAUUAGCAAGAUCUGUGGACGAUAUCAGCUACGUAAUGAGAGAAGCUACUGAAAAGGCUUGGAUGUGGGGAGAAGACUGCUUGUCGUUGGCUUGGAAUCCUGAGUCUGAUGCUCGAGGAAGUGGUCCAAAGGGCGAAUUUGUAUUUGGCAUCUUAAGAGGGGAUGGAAAUUGUGUACCCCUGCCGCCAAUGUCCAAGAUUUUGGAUGAAGUGAAGGCGAAGCUCAAUAACUCCCCGGGUGUCAAAGCCGUCGAAGUCUCUACACCACCUGCAUGGACAAAAUGCCAAAGUGUGAUGGCAAAGUUGAUGGGUGCAGAUGGAGGAGCAGUAAUGCGUAAUCUUUUGGAGGCAACUGGCGAGCCAUUAGUGCCAUGGAUGGUUGGGAAGUUGAAGCGCAGCCAGCCUAAAACACUUCACGAAGUUGCUGAAUUGCAAGCCAAAAGGACCAAACUGGAGCGGGAGAUGAUGGGUUUGUGGGCUGAAAAUGAUGGGAAGGGUGGCAAGAGGCGCAAAAUCGAUGCUAUUGUUUGUCUAGUUGCUCCUCAUCCUGUGCCAGAGAUUGAGAGAUACAAUGCAGCAGGGUACACCUCGAGCUGGACGUUAUUGGAUUACCCUGCUGGGGUUGUACCUGUUCGAAACUUCUGUGAGCAGGAUCUCGAACUUGGUAAGCCUCUUUUAGGAAGUGUAAUCUCAACUUGGGAUGAGAGGAAUAGGCUGUUGUGGGACGAGAAGACGGUAGACCGGAGAGUAUACCUUGGGACGCCUUUGUCGGUUCAGGUUGUCACCCCGCGACUGCAAGAUGGGAAGUUGGUACAAGCGAUGUUGAUAGUCGACAACUUAGUUCAUGAUAUGGGUUCUAAGUCGAUGUUGUAA